AUGAUAAACGACUUCAAAGCAUCUAUGAUUCACGAGUUUGAAAUGACAGAUAUCGGGCUUAUGGCAUAUUAUCUUGGCAUUGAAGUCAAACAAAGUCAUGAAAUCUUGGCAAAGUUUGGAAUGGAGAAUAGUCAUCCCAUUAACACUCUAAUCAAAGGUGGAAGUAAGCUAUCCAAAUAUGAUGAAGGUGAAAAUAUUGAUCCAAUUUAUUUCAAAAGUUUAGUUAGAAGCCUUCGCUAUCUCACAGCUACACACCCAGAUAUUUUAUAUGAAGUUGAUCUAAUCAGUCGCUUCAUGGAAGAGCCCAAGACAACUCAUCUGAAAAAAGCCGAGAGAAUUCUUCGUUACUUGAAAGGAACACUAGAACAUGGAUUAUUUUAUCCAUCUACAAAUAACCAUAGCCUUAUUGGAUACAAUGACUGUGAUUGGACUGGUGAUGUAGAUGAUCAGAAAAGUACCACAGUAAGAAAUGUAUUGAAGCAUUUGGGUGUUGAACAAGAACAACCCACAGAGAUUCAUGUUGAUAAUCAAUUAGCAAUAGCACUAGCAAAUAAUCUAGUGUUCCACGAAUGA